CCUUGAGUAGGAGUCCGGAAAUGGCCCAGACUUCCGGUCCCACCGAAACGAAGCACGCUGCUGGCGCCGAGACGGUGUCGUUCUGAGCGAACUCGCUCGCUCGCCUUGCUCAUCUUCGAGAACUUGCAGAGACUCGUGGUUACGGCUUACGGACCCUGGGCCUCCGUGAACUCCUCAACCAGAGACAUCGAAGGCUCUUUUGCAAGUUGAAAACAACUUUUUGCUUUGCUAAAUCUCCACAUGAGGCAUUCGGUGAAUCGUCCCCCAACGCCAGACGCGAGGGAUGAUCAAGAAAAAGACCCUACUUUUCAAGAAAUUGUCAACAUUAAGUUGAUUGAGAGUGGGGAAAAAGAGCGUCUUAUGGAGCUUCUGAGGGAAAGGCUCAUAGAGUGCGGGUGGAAGGAUGAAAUGAAAGCUCUUUGCAGGGCAUUUAUAAAAAAGAAAGGUAGGAACAAUGUUACCGUGGAUGAUCUUAUACAUUUGAUUACCCCAAAAGGCAGAGCUUCAGUUCCUGAUUAUAUAAAAGCUGAGCUUUUGCAAAGAAUUCAAACCUUUUUGGUUUCAGCUGCUCUUUGAUGCAUCGUGUUUGUGUGACCCAGCUGGUUGGAAGUACUUGAAAGUUGUAAUCCCUGUUAUGAAUGGAAUUCAAAUAGAAGAUUUUCCUGCUGUGCUUUCUGGUUGAUUUGCAUUUCAGUUUCAGGAUAAUGAAAGCUAUGUGCCAAAAAUUUGAUAAGAUCCAGCCUGUAAAAUCUACUUAACCAACUUAUGCUUGUAAACCCAAGGCUCAAGCCUCAAUCUUUUUGUCCUGGCUAACCUAUUGUCUGUGAACUUGACCCUUUCACCUCAAGUUGGAACUUCUAGUUAUCAGGGAAGUCCCAAGAUUCAAGCCAUGAUUACAAUCCUUAAAAAACCUAUUAGGCUUCACAUUGUAUAUUUCAGUUCCUUUUAUUAUUAUCCUUCUUGUUUUGACCAA